CUUUUGCCCCGGACUUUAAUCCGAAAGUGUAAAAAAAAAAAAAAAAAGUUUCCUAAAUCCUUAUGAGCUUACGCAAAUCCAAAUGGGAAUCCGACGAAAGUGAUUCAGAAGUCCAUGAUCCUUCAAGUAAACGAUCAAAGCCAAUCAAGAAAGCCAAGGUGGGAGGCGCGGCUGCACAUUCUCAGCGUGAUGCAUUACAUACGCAAACAUCGCAACCGACUACCUUGUCGGCGACGGAAGAGGAAAGGACGACGCGUAUGCCUCCGGUACGACGUGUGGUUCCAACGCCUCCGAAGCCACCCAUGCCCACUUUACACAGCUGUCGCCAUGUAGAUAAUUAUGAGAAACUCAACCGAAUUGAAGAGGGUGCGUAUGGAAUUGUCUUUCGAGCAAGAGAUCGAAAAACAGGCGAUAUCGUGGCAUUGAAGAAGUUCAAGUUGGAAAAGGAAAAGAAUGGAUUCCCUAUUACUAGUCUUCGAGAGAUCCGAACGCUUAUGCUAGCCAAGCAUCCGAAUAUUGUAAACAUUCGUGAGAUUGUCGUUGGAGACAAGUUUGACCAGAUUUUUAUGGUAAUGGAUUUUAUUGAUCACGAUCUCAAGGCGCUCAUGGAAGACAUGAAAUCUCCGUUUCUGCAGUCCGAGGUCAAGACCAUUAUGAUCCAGCUGUUAUCAGCGGUGGCUCUCAUGCACGACAAUUGGAUGAUCCAUCGCGAUUUAAAAACAAGCAAUCUGCUGUUGAACAAUAGAGGCCAAAUUAAAGUGGCUGACUUUGGGCUGGCAAGGACGUAUGGAAGUCCAUUGGGAAACAUGACUCAACUUGUCGUGACUUUAUGGUACAGAGCGCCAGAGCUGUUGUUGGGGGCAAAAGAGUAUUCCACGGCCGUCGACAUGUGGUCCAUUGGCUGUAUCUUUGCUGAACUGGUACGCAAAGAGCCUUUACUGCCUGGUAGAAGUGAAAUCGAACAACUGGAUAAGAUAUUUAAGCUUCUCGGAAUGCCGAACGAUAAGAUUUGGCCAGGUUUUUCAGAUCUGCCGCAUGCCAAAAAUAUUGCUUUUGUGAACCAACCCUACAAUAAUUUGCGUAGCAAGUUCUUAUACCUAACAGAAGCAGGCAUUGAUCUCAUGUCAAAGUUGUUAACGUAUGAUCCCAAAAAGAGAAUAUCCGCUGAAGAAGCGCUCAACCAUCCCUACUUUUCCGAAAGUCCCGCACCGAAAGACCCGGCAAUGUUCCCAACUUGGCCGUCCAAGGGCUCAGGUGAAAAGCGAAAAACAUAUCUCAGUCCAUCCGCUCCACAAGCGUCUCAUGCCGGCAUGGAAGACGACGAUACAUUGUCAGGAACGCUUUUUGGCGGUACGUCCGAAUCAACGGGCUUCCAAUUGCGCAUUGCAUAAAACAUAGACAGCAUACAUUGGGUCAGGCAUAAAAUUGUUGAUGUUUUGAAAAAUAAAUCAAAUGUAUUUCACAGGAUUUUUCACAAACACCCCCCAGGAUAGAAGAAAAAAAUAGAUGCGUAAUUUAAAAUACAGUGCGCUUAUCAGUCAUGACGCGAACAAUGGAUCCUGGGCCAGCAACUUCGGUCAACUGUGAAAGGUACAUUAG